AAUAAUCUUUCAUUUCUUUCUCUUUCUCGUUUCUUCUCCUUUUUAUUUUCCCUUCCUUUCUCUUCCAUUCAAUUUUCAAACCAAAGCACUGCUACCUUUUUGACAAUAUUGUCAAAAAUCUCACAAAAUUAUUACAAAUACUUUGUGAAAAUCUGAAGAAUUAGCAAACGAAACAAUAUUGUUAUUAAUCUGAUAAGGCAAAGGAAACUUUUGUCACAAAUCUGAGGAAGCCAAUGGAAACUUAGUUAUGAUCUGAUGAGAAGGCAAAUGAAAUUUGGUAUCAAAAUCUGAUGAAGGCAAAGACUUCGUCACAAAUCUGACGAAGGCAAAUUAAAGGAAAAAUAAUCCAUUUACGGCCAUGGACGAGCUAGAAUUUCGACGGCUUCUUGAACGAUUCCCGAUCGUCAGGUUUCGUGAUUAUCAUAUUGAUUCAGACACAUCAAGACGAACAACAACUCAGUCUUUAGAGAAAGAGGAGGUAACGCAAUGGAAAGAUGCAUGGAGUAAGGGACAUAAACAAGAGACUGGGAUUCAAGCAAUGCAUCGUGGCGGUGCAUUUUGGGGCAAAGUAAGAGAAGCUGCUGAGAAAAAGGUCUUGAAGGAACAACUUCUUGCAGCUUUACGUAGUCAAUCAGGAGUCCAAUAUGAUCCUAGUGAGGAAGUGUUGAUGGCUGCCCGACACAUUGAUGAGAGGCAGGCAUCCAAUGUUGCAGGUCCAUCUCAUAUACCCCGCUCUUCGGCCUAUGCAUCUUCAUCAAUACCCAACCGAAUAACAAGUAUCGAGGAGGAUUUGGAUCACAUACGCCAUUUUCAAGCCUAUCAGGUGAAGCACAAUCAAGGAAUUGCUGAAAUGCUACGAACUAUGGCACUUUACCAUGGAAUGAACAUGGAUAAUUUUCCUACUUGUCCUUCAUAUACGCCCCCAAGGGGGAAGGCAACGCUCGAUGAUGAUGAUGAUGAUGACGAUGACGAUGACGAUGACGAUGACGAUGACGAUGACGAUGAGGAGGAGGAGGACGACGAUGAUGAGGAGUGAGCCAUCCUACUCAGGAACAUUUCCGUUUUCAAUACACAUCCUUGCCUCGAGUAGAAAAAGUUUAGCGUGGAAGAUCAAUUUCGUCCUUUUAAGUAGCUUGGAAUGUCCAAGGUGUUGCAUUUGGAGGCAAAACAUUUUGUAUCCGUCAAAAAUGUUAGAAUAGUUUGUCAUGGCAAGAGAAAGGGAAUACCACAAUAGUCCUUCCCUUUUCAUUUUUGUAUAAACCUAUUUUGGUCCAAGGGGGAGAUAACAAGUGAGGAAUUGUGUUUGGUAGAGAUGGAGGUGCCAAAAACUAUGAAUAUCACCCUCCAAACAUGUAAAGUUAUGUAGCAAUUUUGAAGAGGAAAAUUGUUCUUUUUUCUCUCUGUUUAGCAAA